AUGAGCCGACGGGCGGCGGCGGCGGCCGGCGGCCGGAAGCUGGCCCAGCACGUGAGCUGGCUGUGGCGCGGGCCACGGCGGGCGCUGUGCGCGGCGCGGGACCUGUACGUGCGCAGCCUGACCGGCUGCGCGGGCCACCUCCCAAGGGACGCCGCGUUCGGCUACCCGACCUUCGCCGCCGCGCCGUCCUUGAGCGGCUUCGGCUCCGCCGCCUCCUCGCGCCGCUACUCCUCCGCCUCCGACGCCGACGAGGACCUGCGGGAGCUCAUCCGCGCCGCGUCGCAGCGCCGCGCGGCCGAGCUGGAGCGGCAGCGCCACCCGGCCGCCGUGCCGAGGAGCCACAGCGUCGCCGGCGCCAUGGCGCGGAUCGACGAGGACGGGCCCAGUGACUUCGCCUCCGCCGCCGCCGCCGUCGUGUUGUUCCCCAGGAGCCGGAGCUGCGCCCCCGGGACUGGACGGGUCGCUGGACGCAGGGGCAGGGUCGCCGCUCUCGCCGCCUGA